CCCCCGCCCCCGGGCACGGAGCCUCUAUCGCGACAGAGCGGGGCCGGGCGGGACGCGGCUCCCGCUGACAUCAGCCGGGCCGGGGCCCCCGCCCCCGCCGCAGCCCCGCCGAUGCUCCCGCGCCGCCGCCGCAGCCGGAGCGGGGGGAGCGGGGCGGGCCGGCCCGGGGCGCAGCGCCGAGCCCGGAGAGCGCCCGGGAGCCGGGGGGGGCGCAGCCGAGAGCCAGAGCGGGAUGCCGGAGGGAGCGGAGGCAGCGCCCCCGCCCAUGGCCGCAGCGCCCCCGCCGAUGCCGGCCAAGGAGGAGGCUCGCCCCCCGCCCGAGGGGGCCAGCUGUGAGCCCGGCGCCGCCGCCGCCGCCCCCCCCGGCUCUCCGUGCCGCCCCCCGCCCGCGGAGCCGCUGGACGCGCGCAUCGUGAUGGGCGAGGAGACGCGCAGCGCGCCGCCCGAGCUGCGGGGCGCGCCCCCCGUGCCUUGCCCCUUCCCCGCGCCCCCCAAGGAGCCGCCCCCGGGCCGCCCCCCCGCACUCGACCCCGAGCUCUUCUUCACGGCGCCCUCCACGCCGGUGCGGGCGGGGGGGCCGCGGCCGGGGCCGCCCGAGGAGCCGACGGACGGGGACAGCGAGGGGCUCUGCUCGCCCCCCACGUCCCCCUCGGGCUCCUACAUGACGGCCGAGGGCGGCAGCUGGGGCUCCUCGGGCACCGCCAGCACCUCCCCGUCCUGCUCCCCCAACCUGGCGGCCGAGGCCGAAGGCCUGGGGGAGGCCGAGGGCGAGGCCGAAGGGCUGGGGGGUGCCCUGGGGCUGCCCCCCGGCCUGGGGGAACCCCCGGCCUUCCCCCCGCUGUCCCCCGAGGAGGAGGAUGACGAUGAGGAUGAUGAUGACGAGGACGGGCCCUUCGCGCCGCCGGGCUGCGCGGAUGACGAGGACGAGGAUGAUGAUGAUGAGGACGGGCAGACCCCGGAGGAGGAGGAGGAUGAGGACGAGGGCUCGGGGCUGAUCCCGGCGGCGCUGCUCCCGUUCCGCGGCAGUCUCCUCUUCCAGGCCGAGGCCGUGGAGAUCUCACCGCGGGCCGCCCCCGAGGAGGAGGAGGAGGAGGAUGAAGGCAGCACCUCGGCGUCCUUCCUGCGCUCGCUGUCCGAGAGCUCCAUCCCCGAGGGCGGGGACGAGGCCUUCGCCUUCCGCGACGACACCGACGCCUCCUCGGACUCGGCCGCCUACGACGGGGACGAGGACGAGCGGCUCUACGGCAGCGAGCGGCACGCGGGGACACCCCCGGGCUCCCCCGCGCCCCCCGGCGUGGAGCUGCACCUGCGGGCCGGGUCCCCGUGCACCGGGACAGCCCCGGCACCGCCCGGCGGGGACGCGCAGCUGGACGGCCACGUCUGUGUCCCCGUCACCGCCUUUGUCCCCAUGGCCGCGGCGUGGCCCGAGCCCCCCGAGGGGGCGGCGGCAGCCACAGAAGGUUCUGGAACAGCGCAGGGACCGUGCCCGGAGCUGGCAGGGACUGGCCCUGUCCCUCCGGCCCCCGGGCUCUGUGCCAGGGACCCCCAGAGCCACCAGCCGGGGGGCACCAACGGGGACGGGCCUGGCAGUGACAGCGAUGGUGACAAUGACCUCGAGCUCAGCACGGGGACAGUGGGGAGCGCCGAUGGCCACAGCGAGCUGGGAUCUGCAGCCACCGCCCUGGGGACAUCAGUGACACCGACCCCCCUGGAUGAGAUGGACACUGCAGACAAUGAUGUGGUGGCACCAGUGACACCGACCCCCCUGGAUGAGAUGGACGCUGCAGACAAUGAUGUGGUGGCACCAGUGACACCAACCCCCCUGGAUGAGAUGGACUCAGUGGACGCUGUCCUGGUGGCACCAGUGGCACCCAGCCUGGUGGACUCGGUGGACUCCGAUGUGGUGACACCAACCCCCCUGGAUGAGAUGGACGUUGCAGCCCCCAGCCCAGUGACACCCAGCCCGCCUGACACUGACAUGGUGACACCGGGGACACCAAUCCCACUGGACACUGCAGAUGCUGAUGAGGUGACAGCCAGCCUGAUGGACAGCACAGCCACCGGCCUGGUGGCACCCAGCCCGUUGGAUGCUGCAGCCCCUGAUGGAGUGGCAUUGGUGACACCAAGCCCACCAGAUGAGCCAGACACUGUGGCCACCAGCCACACUGUGGUGACAACAGUGACAGCCAGCCCACCAGAUGAGCUGGACAGUGUGGCUACCAGCCUGGUGACAAGAGUGACACCCAGCCCACCACAUGAGCUGGAGGACACCAUGGCCACGGACCUGGUGACACCAACCCCACUGGUGACAGCCAGCCCCCUAGAUGAGCCCGAUACUGCAGCCACCAGCCUGGUGACACCAGUGACACCAAGCCCACCACAUGAGCUGGACAUCACGGCCACUGACCUGGUGACAGAGAUGACACCCAGCCAGCUGGACAAGAUGGAAGCUGUGGACACUGUCCUAGUGACACCCACUCUGAAGGAUGCUGUGCCCACUGACUUGGUGACACCAGUGACACCCACCCUGAUGGCCAGUGUGGCCACCAGCCCGGUGACAUCGCCCCCCAUGGAUGAGAGUAAUGCUGCAGCCAUUGACCUGGUGACAUCUGUGACACCACUCCCCAUGGACGAGAGUAGCACUGCGGCCACCAGCCUGGUGACAUCGGUGACACCUGCCCCGAUGGCCACCACGGACGCUGCCCCAGUGACCCCGAGUGUGAUGGACACCGCGGACACCAGAACGGUGACAUCGGUGACACCAAGCCCCCAGGAUGAAACGGCCACUGUGACCACUGAGAUGGCCCCCGUGACCCCUGACCUGAAGGACACCGUGACCCCCGACCAGAAGGGCACCAUGACCUCUGCUGCAUUGACCCCCGACCUGAAGGACACCGUGACCCCUGCUGCAGUGACCCCUGACCUGAAGGACACCGUGACCCCUGCUGCAGUGACCCCUGACCUGAAGGACACCGUGACCCCUGCUGCAGUGACCCCCAGCCCGAAGGACACCGUGGCCACCACUGCAGUGACCCCCAGCCCCCCGGCCGCUGUCCCUGCCCCGUGUCCCCCUGCCCGGGCCGUGUCCCCCGUGGCGCUGGCAGCCCGGGAGUCCCCCGCUGUCCCCGCGUGUCCCCUGGCACGGGCACCGCUGUCACAGCCCCCUGGGGACAUCCCUGAGGAGCGGGGGGACGCGGCCACCGCCUCGGCCGAGGGUUUGUCCCCGGCGCUGCCGGACACGUCCCGCACCGGCUUUGUCACCGUCCCCGCGGGGGGAGAGGCCGCGCCGAGCCUCUCGGCGCCCGAGGAGGAGGAAGAGGAGGAAGCAGAGGAUGAGGAUGAAGAUGAGGAUGCGGCCCCCGCGCCCCCCUCGCCGCAGUUCACGGCCUCGGAGCGGGAGGUGUUCGUGGGGACCCCCCCGGCGCCCCCCGAGCUGCUGCCACCACCCGGUGCCUUUUCGGGGCGCGGGGCCGGCCCGGGGGUGCCGCCCCCCGCCCCCCGGCCGGGCCCCGAGCCCCCCGGCCCCGCUGCAGGGGACACCGAUGCCAAAGGCCCCCCGAGCCCCCCCGCGGCCCCCCCCGAGCAGCAGCAGGAGGAAGAGGAGGCCGUGGGGGGGGUCGCCCCCAGCCCCCUCCCCGCUGCGGGGCCGCCCCCUGAGCCCCCCCGCCCUGCGCCCCCCAAACUCAGCCAAGUGCCUCCCCCCAGGGCCCCCCCCGGCCAGGAGCCCCCCCCGGGGCUGCCCCUCUCCAGGAAGCACCUCGAAGCCCCCCAGGCGCCCCCGCAGAAGGAGCCGGAGCCCCGGGGCCGGGCGGGGGUCCCGGGGGCGGGGGCGGCCCGGGCGCCCCCCCGGGGGUCUCUGCAGUCCGAGUCGAGCUCGUCCAGCGAGGCUGAGCCCCCCCGGCCCCCCCCGGCCCCCCAGCGCUGCCAGCCCAACCACCGAGGGUCCGGGAACGAGUCCGAGAGCAACGACGAGUCCAUCCCGGAGCUGGAGGAGCCCGAGGGCUCGGAGCUGCCCCCUGCCCAGCCCCAGGUGCCCCUCGGCCACGGCCUCGGGCCUGGGGAGGAGCCGCUCAGCAAAGCCAAGCAGAGCCGCAGCGAGAAGAAAGCCCGAAAGGCCAUGUCCAAGCUGGGGCUGCGGCAGAUCCACGGCGUCACCCGCAUCACCAUCCGCAAGUCCAAGAACAUCCUGUUCGUCAUCUCCAAACCCGACGUGUUCAAGAGCCCGGCCUCCGACAUCUACAUCGUCUUUGGGGAGGCCAAGAUCGAGGACUUGUCCCAGCAAGUGCACAAGGCAGCGGCUGAGAAGUUCAAGGUGCCCCUGGAGCACUCGGCGCUGGUGACUGACGCUGCUCCUGCCCUGGCCAUCAAGGAGGAGAGCGAGGAGGAGGAGGAGGUGGACGAGACAGGCCUGGAGGUGCGGGACAUCGAGCUGGUGAUGGCCCAGGCCAACGUGUCCCGGCCCAAGGCUGUGAGAGCCCUGAGGCACAACAACAACGACAUCGUCAACGCCAUCAUGGAACUGACCAUGUAGCAGCCGGGGGUGUCCUGGCCCCCUGUAGAGAUGCACAGAGCCCCCCCAGACCCUUCCUCCCGCCCCCCAUCCUCCUCCUGGCCCCUGGACUGCUCAAUAAAGGCCUCCUGCACCCCUUGGAUCGCA